AUUAAAAUAAUUGUCAAUACAUUUGUAGAGUACUGUUUGAAAAUUAAAAAAUUAAAUUAUUUUUUUUUUUAGUUUAAUAAUAAUUAAUAGUAACACAAAAAUUUUCCUAUAAUUAUUGGGAAAAAAAUAAAUAUAAUUUUUGUAAACAUUUUAUUUUAAUUUAAUUAAUUUGAAAAUAUAUUUUGUUGUUUGAUUGUAUUGACAGAGUUUUGAUAAACAUUUUAUAUCCAGUAUUUAAUUAAUCAAUAAUUAAUUUAAUUAAUAAAUUAAUUUAAAUCAAUCAAUCAAUUUCAGCAUCCCGUUUGAGAUUUUCCCGGUGGCCAUAUAUGAUAUAUAUCGGAAACUGAUAUUUCAUUUACCGCAUUAAUUAACCGCAAAUAACAAAAAAAACUAUGUUAUCGUUGUGUCGGACAAAGACAUUGACGGCCGCCACCACCCGAUUGAUGGCGCCGCUGGCCUGCGGUCAACAACAACAGCAGAAGCAACAGUCGCGAACCGUUCAGACGUUUGAUACGUCAAAGUUUGGCAAAAAUAUUGUCCUCAUCGACGGCGUGCGGACACCGUUUAACCAUUCAAAUACCGACUACAAAGACUUGAUGGCCUACGAGCUGCAGACACAGGCCAUACUAAACCUAUUGAAACGCACGGGUUUGCCGAAAGACGCCAUCGACUAUGUCGUGUGCGGUACUGUCAUACAGGAGCCGAAAACUGGUAACAUUGCUCGCGAGGCUGUACUGUCGAGCGGUAUAUCGUUGGCUACACCGGCCCAUACAGUAACCCAAGCCUGCAUAUCGAGCAAUCAGGCCAUUACGUCGGCAAUCGGUUACAUAAACUCUGGACUGUACGAAACUGCAGUGGCCGGCGGUGUCGAAACCAUGUCCGACGUACCGAUUCGACAUUCGCGUAAAAUGAGAAAAUGGUUGCUCAGUCUGAACAAAGCCAAGUCCACAGCACAGCGGCUGUCAAUGUUAUUGCAGUUACGACCCGACUAUUUCGUGCCCGAAUUGCCAGCAGUGGCCGAGUUUACCACUGGCGAAGUGAUGGGCCAUUCGGGCGAUCGAUUGGCUGCCAGUUUUCAAGUGUCGCGUCGCGAACAGGACGAGUACGCACUGCGCUCGCAUAUGUUGGCCGAUAAGGCCUCCAAAGAGGGCAAUCUUAUUGAUAUCGAGGGCAUAACUGUGCCCAAGAAGGGCCUGGUGGACAAAGAUAACGGUAUUCGCGUAUCAACUAUGGAACAGAUGUCCAAACUGAGACCGGCUUUUGUUAAGCCGUACGGUACGGUUACGGCAGCCAAUGCUAGUUUUUUGACUGACGGUGCAUCGGCUUGUCUGAUAAUGACCGAAGACAAGGCCAAACAAUUGGGACUCAAACCGAAAGCCUAUUUACGACAAUUUCUGUACGUAUCGCAAGAUCCGAAGGAUCAGCUACUAUUGGGACCGGCUUACGCCACACCGCGGCUACUGGAAAAGGCUGGUCUCACACUUAAAGAUAUCGAUGUUUUCGAGUUUCACGAAGCCUUCGCCGGCCAGAUAUUGGCCAAUCUCAAGGCGCUGGACUCGGACUGGUUCGCCAAAGAGUAUAUGAAAAGGAGCGGCAAGUUUGGCGCACCCGAUCUCAACAAAUUUAAUAUGUGGGGCGGAUCCCUAUCGAUUGGACAUCCGUUCGGCGCUACUGGAGUACGAUUGGUGACAACAACAGCCAAUCGUUUGAUCAAAGAGAACGGACGGUUCGGUUUGGUGGCCGCUUGUGCUGCAGGAGGACUGGGACACGCAAUGAUUGUUGAACGAUAUCCCAGUGCUUGAGCACAACAUCAUCAUCAAUGACAACAACAACAACAACAAUAAAACAACUUUCAAUAACAAAUUGAUAACUGAUUUUUUUUAUAAUUAUAUAUUUUUUUAAUAAAUAAUUUGCA